AUGGCGCAGACGCCGGAAGGCACCACUGCUCCCGUCCAGGCUCCGGACAGGGUGCCGCGGCCCAUCUCGGAGCUGCCCGCCGGCUACGUCUUCCAUCCCAAGGCCCGCAGCCUCCUCAAGAGCUACCUCAUCACCAGGGCGCGCGGUGGCGCCAUCAAGGACCCUUACGGGGACACUGUCGCCGACGGCGUCGACGUCUACGCCGUGCGGCCGGAGGCGCUCCCGUUCCCGCGCCGCAACAGGGGCCUGCACGGCCAUGUCUGGGCCUACUUCUUCACCACGCGGCCCGCGGGCGCGGCAGGAAUCGGCGAGGCGGAGGGCGGCGGCGAGGACGACGACUUCCGGGACGUGGCGGCGGGCGGGUGCUGGCGGCGGUACGGCGGCGGCGACAAGGAGUACGUCGGCCGCGACGGGGAGGUCUACGCGUUCCGCCGCAGGUUCGCGUUCCACGAGGCCGGGGCCCGCGGCAAGAAGACGGUGUGGAGGAUGAAGGAGUUCCGCCUCAAGGAGACCGCGCCCCGCUUCCGCGGUGUCGUGUUCCACCCCAACGCCAAGGGCCUCGUGAUCUUGAAGGUCUGGAACCAGGUGAUCCCAGAGGAGGAGCCGGCGGUGGACUACUACGGCAACGGCGGCAUGAACGACGAGGAGGAGGAUGAGGAGGAGAUUGGACCGGUCGUGAUCACGGUGGGAGAUCCAGCCGCCGCCCCCAAUGCAUGA